GUGAUAUCAGACUUUGAUCAUACUAUAACCCGCAUUCAUUAUCAACAAAAGCCAUGUAGCAGUACUUACAGUAUCCUUGAUUCCAGUCCUUACAUCCCCGAGGAUUGUCGAAUAAAGGCUAGAGCACUCCACAGUAACUAUUAUCCAAUAGAAAUAGACCCAACCAUCAGUAUUAAAGACAAGAUUCCUUGGAUGGAAGAAUGGUAUAAACAAGCUCACCAUGUUCUCCAGUCUAGUGGAGUGAAACGGUCAGAUCUCACCAAGAUGGUAGAAAGUUCUGAUGUCAUGUUGAGGCAAAGCUGUGAGACUUUAUUUGCAACCCUAAACAAAAAUCAAGUCCCGUUACUGAUCUUUUCAGCAGGUCUCGGGGACCUUGUAAAAGAAGUCUUAACACAUUUUGGUACUUUCUACCCAAACAUGGAGCUUGUUGCUAACUUCAUGGAAUUUGAUGGAGAGGGAAAUGUUACUGGAUUUAAAGGAGACAUAAUUCACAUGUACAACAAAAGUCAAUCGUCCAUUCAUAAUAGCGACUAUUUCGAUCAACUGAAACAUCGCAACAAUGUUAUUCUGUUGGGAGAUUCACUUGGAGAUCCCCAGAUGGCUGAUGGAGUUCCCCAGAGUGCAAAUAUACUUCGUAUUGGGUUUCUCAACCACAAGAUUGAAGAGAGUCUUCCAAAAUACCUAGAUUGUUAUGACAUUGUCCUGAUUGAUGAUCAGACCAUGAAUCUUGUAAAUGGAUUAUUGACCAGAGUCUUGUAAGAAGCAGGAUUUGUGUCCUACAAAAUACCUGUGAUUCUUGGUAGUCCUGAUAGUGUAGUUUGCCUUCAGUGUUGGAUCCACAUAGUUUCUUAUUUAUUUGAAAAUGUUAACAUAUGGACAGUUUUUUUAAAUUUGUUGGUGCUGACUUUGUCCUGGAGUGUGGAAAGCUGGGAACUGAAUGUAAAAACCUUUUUUGUAGAUGCUGUAUGAAAUUUAAAGAGAUCACUUUUAUUGUAAAAACCUAUAGAAUAUUUUAGUAUUCAUAUUUUAUGUACCUCUCCAGAAUUGAUAAUUUCAGUAACGAUUUCAUUAGAAGUUGUUUUAUAUUUGAAAUAAAACAGAUUUAACGCUUUCUGAUAGGCAUCUCAAAAAAACAUGUAUGUCCCUCAGUGGUGUAGUGGUAAGUUUCUGCACUUACAGUGCUAAAAUCCAAGGUUUGAUUCCUUGCAGUGGACAAACAAACAAGGGUAAAUCUGAUAUAUAUAGAAGAUAAAACAUUUGACUACCUAUCAUGGUGUUGUUGAUGUUGUUUUUUACAUCUUUUAAUGGCUUUCUUUCUUUUUUUUUGCUAAUUUUAGUCACACACUAUUUUCGAUAAUGUGUGAAAAUAUUAAAAAAAGUUCUUUGAGGAAAACUAGUAUGUAUGAAAGAAGACUGUGUGUGUGUGUAAAAAGUUAAGUCAUUUUUUGCAACGUAACUUUAUGUGCAGCGGAGACUGGUGAUUUAUGUGUGCACAAGAACUGACUAUUAGUGCUUGUUUUAUUAUUACCCGAGUUGGCCAUACCACGUUGUACUUAUAAACUUGGUCUUUGGUUUAGUUCUAAAAUACUUUUUUUUUUAAAACUUGUUUAAAUAUUUUAUGACAAAAUCUGAUUAAACCUAAUCUUCUCUCUACAUGAAUGAGGAUAUAAAUAUUUACAAAACAUUUUAUUAAAUAUGAAAGCUUAUUGUUGAUAUGAGGCUAAUUGGGAUUAAUAGAUAAGUACAAGAUGGUUAUCAAGUUAUCCAUCGUGGACUUUCUUUAUAGUGAAUCAUCUGUACAGUUCAAUGUCCAUGCUGCCAUCUGGUGGCUUGCCUAUCCAUGAAAGAAAUUAUGCUACAACUAUGUUACUUCUAAUCUGAGAAAUCAGUGUUGUUUCCUUUACCCUAGUUUACUUGUUCAGGUAACAGCUUAAAGUAAAUGUCAUAUUUCACAAGAACGUUAUACCUUUAAUAAGUGCAGUAGAAUGAUUAAAAUUAGCUUCUUUGAGAUAGGUACAAAACAUAGAAGUGUAGAUGUCACAAAGUGUUUGUCUAGUUAUAAAAAUAUAAACUAUAUAUGUGAAACAAUUAACUUAAUAUAAAGAAAUAUGACUGAAAGUAAUUUGAAUAAUACUUAAAAGUUGUAUGUAUACAUAUAAGACUGAAGGUAUAAACUUUGCAAAGAAUGGUUGACUAGUAUAUAAACAUAUAUACAUUUAUAGAGUAAAAGGUUAUGUAGGUAAAUAUGUAUUAAAAUAAUUUUAAGAUAAAUAUCCUUGUAAUAAAAGACCUUGGGGAGAAAUAUUCUUGUAGUGUAAAAGUUUUGGGGCAAGUAUCCUUCCUAGUUGUAAAAUACUUUGGGGGUAAAUAUCCUCACAGUGACAGGCUAUGGGGGUAAAUAUCCUUGCAGUGAGAGGCUUUUUUGGAUAAAUAUCCUUGCAGUGACAGGCUAUGGGGGUAAAUAUCCUUGUAAUAAAAGACCUUGGGGAGAAAUAUCCUUGCAGUGACAGGCUAUGGGGGU